AUGUAAAAUGUGAAAUAAAUGAGGGAAAAAUAUGAGAAUAUCAAAUAACAAAAUCCAAAUAGAAAUGUUAGUGCAAGAUCAUAUCAUAGUUAAACACCUUCAAAAGAGUAAUAUUAAGUUGCUUUUUCAAGUGGUUAAAAAUCAAUAUAGAAACCAAUUAUAUAGAUUGGAAAAACAUUAUUAUGUAGUCCAUGCUAUAACAAAAGAUUAUUAAAUAAAUAAUAAUUGAAUAAAAAGUAAGAAACAGAAUUAGAGAAAGUAAAUUUAUAAUUAUAUUAUAGAGAUUAUUGAUGAAAUAAAUGGAAUAAAAUUAAUUACUAGAAUAAUAAAAAAUUAAUUUUGAGGUUGGAUAAUUAUCAUAUAGAAAAUAAUUGGAAUAAUAAAAUCUAGUUAUUUCAAAAUAAUUAUAAGAUUAAUAAAAAGAAAAAGAAAGAUAAAUAAAAGAGUAAGAGAUAUAACAAUAAAACUUAAUUAUAAAAUAAAAUUAGGAAAUUUUAUAAAAAGAAAAAGUUGAAAAAAAAAGUAAAUAAAAUAGUUUGCAUUAAGAACUUGCAAGUUAACUGGAAUAACAAAAAAGAUUAAAAAAAUUAGAUUAAUUGUCUUAAUCUAUGGAAUUAGAUGAUCCUUAUUGGAGAUAUCAAGCAUAAGAAGAAAAAGAAAUAUAAAGAAGAAAGAAUUAUCAAAUGAUUCACAAUAAUAAUAAUUAGUAAAAUCAUGAAAAAGAAUUAUUAAAAAAAUAAUAAAAAGAAAGAGAAAUAAAAAAUAGAGAAAUAGAUGAAAGGAUAAAAACUUUAUAAGAUUAUCAUAAUUAAUUAGAAUAAGAGAAAAUAGAAAAAUAAUAAAUAUAACAUUAACUCAUAUUAGAUUUAAAUGCAUAAGUAAAACUUAAAAAGGCAAAAGAAGAAGCUAUUAAAUUAAUUGAAUAAAAAAAAUAAUAUCAAAGAGACUAGGAAAUUAUUUAAUAAGAAAAACAAAGAUAAUAUUAAGAAAUGUGUAAUAAAAAGAAAGUAAAUUAAGAAGUAAUUGAAGGCCUAAAUAAAUAAGUUGAAAUGUAAAAACAAUAAAAUAAUAAAUAAUAAUAAGACACAGUUAAAAGUGAUUUUUAUAUAUUGAAACCAAUUGUAGAAAAAUAAACCAUAUCUUGUGCUGAUUGCAAAAAAUAAUAGGUUCCAUAAUAAUUAAGUUAUGUUUGA